GCGGCAGCCUUCGGCCCCAACACCGGAUAGACUGGAUUGACUGGACGCUUGCAGCAGCACCACAGGCCGCAGUAGCCAUCAGUUAGAGAUUUGGAGCUGUCACUGAUUGUCUCCCUUCUAAUUUGCGCCUCAGACAUUAGCAUUAACAGAAUUGCUUCACCAUUGUUUUAGCUAGGUCUUAUGUAAGCGGGUAUUUCAGAGAAAAUCAGCAGUUACGUUUGAUGUGCUGUUUGUAGCGUUGGACAUCAGCAGGAAAAUACACAUCCGUGUAUUCGAAAGAAAUUGUCGAUAGCCUGCUUCCUGUAUCGUGGAACUGACUGCCCGACCUUCGGCACAUCAACGGCGACGAUGGCAGAUAGAGAGCAACUGAUCCAGAGAGCCCGUAUGGCUGAGCAGGCGGAACGGUACGAUGACAUGGCCUCGGCGAUGAAACAGGUGACUGAGCUGAGCGAGCCUCUGAGUAACGAUGACCGCAACCUGCUCUCUGUGGCCUACAAGAACGUGGUGGGGGCCCGGCGGUCCUCCUGGCGCGUCACCUCCAGCAUUGAGCAGAGGGCCAUGGCUGACGGCAACGACAAGAAGCUGGAGCUGGUGAAGGCCUACCGGGAGACCAUCGAGAAGGAGCUGGAGACGGUCUGCCAGGACGUGCUCAACCUGCUCGACCAGUUCCUCAUCAAGAGCUGCGGAGAAGACCAGCUGGAGAGCAAGGUGUUCUACCUGAAGAUGAAGGGCGACUACUACCGCUAUUUGGCCGAGGUGGCCACGGCCGAGAAGAAGACCUCCGCCGUGGAGUCCUCCGAGGGAGCCUACAAGGAGGCCUACGAGAUCAGCAAGAGCAUGGCGGCCACCCACCCCAUCCGGCUAGGCCUGGCCCUCAACUUCUCUGUGUUCUACUACGAGAUCCAGAAUGCUCCCGAGGAGGCCUGCAAGCUGGCCAAGGAGGCCUUUGACGAGGCCAUUGGACACCUGGACAAUCUGAACGAGGACUCCUAUAAGGACUCCACCCUCAUCAUGCAGCUGCUGCGGGACAACCUGACCCUGUGGACCAGUGACCAGCAGGACAGCGAGGGGGGAGAGGCCCAACCCUGAGACCUCCUCCUACCCCCAAGAUAGUCUUUAGCUAGAGUUAGCCACUCCCCUUUCCCCUAUUCUCUACUCUUUUCGGACCUUUUCUUCUCUAUUCCCUCUAUUUUCUUCUCUUCCUAAUCGCUGACCUCUUCUCUUUGUGCCAUUAUAAUGCUCAAUUAAGGCCUCAUCAGGAAGAAUCUGUUCUCUAGUGGCCUGUCGUUUUGUCCUACAUUCUCACCUCUUCCCCUGCUGCUGCAUUCACCUUCUCAUACUGUCCUCCUCAACUCUCUCCCUCUUCUCUGUCCUCCAAGGCUUUCUGUCCCUGGCCCACUUUCUGUGCACUAGUGCUAUUUUGUUUUUAUUAUAGCCAUUGCAUCCCCUCUCUUCAAUUGUUGCUGAUGAUGAACUGAAUGGUUGGUAUUCAAGUGGCAUUUCCACAGGAUGUUCUCGUGAGGACAAUCUAGUAUCUAUCAUCGUGAUGGAUGUCUGUAAUGCUAAUUGUUUCAUUAUUUUGCACAGCAUAGUGCAAAUGUCACUAUUUACCAGAAUGUUGUUGUGCUCUCCUCCCUGACUUGUACCGUUUCUAUGCCCCCCCCGGUCACUGUAAGGUGUCUGUCUGUUGUUCUUCUCUAUUUCCUGCCUCUUGCCCUUUCCACUUUGCCCUCUGACCUCUGUGUGCACUGUUAGCCCCUGUGAACGUAUUCCAGCCAUCUUCCGUCUUGAAAUGUCCGUCUUUGAAUGUUGAUGGGACAGUGUCUGGAGUUUUCAGUUGUGCAAGUACAUUUGUUUAUUAUUAUGAAUCAUGCGUGGUCAUUAAAGAAUGCCAUUAAAACAUUACCUACCAUGGGAA